GCAAGUGCUUUCUCUCUGACUUUGGCCGUGCUUAAAGCGGCGCGACUCAGCAGUAGAGAUUUCUGUCUUACAUCUCACAUCCCGUCGCCCAUCCCCUUCCCCUCUCUUGUUCUCACAUCACAUCCAAACGGCCUCGUGUUUUUGUGUAUCUCGCUCUCACACUGUCGAAUUAGUCCAACUUGCGAAGUCAUUGUCUUCUCCCGCUGAAUUCUUACGCAUUAUCAAGCUUUCAGAGCUUCAGAAACACCCCGCACUCCCACUUCCACUCCUGCCCAGGCUAGCGAGGCACAACCACGACUCAGAAAGUACAUCGAAUAGAAAUACUGUAUUAUUAUACUGCAUUACUCUAUAUCUGCAUCCGAAUCCGCGUCGUCAAUAUGUCGUCGCCAGAAAGUCGAUCGGUGAAGCGCCCUCGUAAGCAGUAACUCCCUUUUCUCUCACGAAUUUUUUCUUUCACAUUUUUUCCCAAUGAACGUCGGGUGUUGCGAUUUUGCCUGCGAGCGAUGGACAUGACUCGGCCCGAGGUGGUGGCAGCGAUACUGUAGCGAAUGCGAUACUCGCGUCGUACCUGUACAGUAAGCUCCCGAACUGCUGCCCGCACCAAAGCCAAAGCAAAGCAAAACUCCCGUCUUGAUCGCAACAUUACAAGGCAAAGGGGGGAAAAAAGCAAAUAAGCCAAUAAGCAAACAUCUCAAGGAGUUAGUUGGUUUGUUUUCCAUUCACAAAACCCGCCGUGUUCUGCUUGACUGGCAAGUUAUUCUGCCUUCAACCUACCAAACCACCACCGACUACGAGUACCCAGAAAGCAACGCAACUAGCGCAACAUUUCUGGAACUCACCAUCCUCGGAUUCCUCAUCUCGCAGAUUUCAACAACCUGGCGCAGAGAAGCUGAUUAACCCUCAUCAUGUCAGGAACCCAAUCUCUACCUCCUCCUUGCCUCCCUCAACUCGUCGCGGAGCAGCAUGUCCCAAUCCCCAAGACCGACAAAGAUACCAAGCGACUCAUCGUCGUGCUCUCCAACGCCAGUCUCGAGACCUACAAGGCCAGCCAUGGCGGCGGCAGACCAGGCCAACGCGACGAGAAAUACUCUCUCCUCAAUAGUGACGAGCACAUUGGUGUCAUGCGUAAGAUGAACCGCGAUAUCAGUGACGCCAGACCAGACAUUACACAUCAGGUUGGAUUGGAAUCUUCGAUAUGCACACCAGGCGCUACCUGCUAACCAAUGCUUAGUGCCUCUUGACCCUUCUUGAUUCUCCGAUCAACAAGGCCGGAAAGCUACAGAUCUAUAUCCACACCGCAAAAGGCGUGCUCAUCGAAGUGAGCCCGACAGUUCGAAUCCCACGUACCUUUAAGCGAUUUGCGGGUCUCAUGGUCCAACUCCUGCACCGUCUCUCCAUCCGAUCCGUCAGUUCCCAGGAGAAACUCCUCAAGGUUAUUGCCAAUCCCAUUACUGACCAUCUUCCUCCAAACUGCCGCAAGGUUACCCUCAGUUUUGAGUCGGAAGUGGUUCGUGUGCGAGAAUACGUGGAGUCCCUCGACGAGAAUGAGAGUAUUUGUGUCUUCGUUGGAGCCAUGGCUAAAGGUUCCGACAAUUUCGCGGACCAGUACGUGCAUGAGAAGAUCUCCAUCAGCAACUACUCCCUCUCCGCCAGUGUCGCCUGCAGCAAGUUCUGCCACGCCGCAGAGGAUGUGUGGGAUGUCAUCUAG